AGCAGCGGGAAUACGCUUGACCACACAGUGUCUCGCGAUAUUUAAGAGACCCAAACAGUGAGCAAGAUGGCGGCCUCCAUAGAGAGCCUCUUGUCGGAGAUCUCUGGUCUGGAGGAUCCCGUUGAAGAACUGAGAAGUUUAAGGACCGCUGUUUUGGCGGUACCAUUAGAAACGUUGAAAGAGACGGUGCGUGGACUGCGACUCGAAGUUAUAUUUUCCCUCCUAAUCUCCAAUGACAGGGAACAGGUGGAGCUGUGCGUUGUCAUCUUGGGCCGCUUUCUGCAGGCGCUCGAUCCACAUUAUGUGGCUCAGAACUUCAGAGAGGAGCUCCAAAUGGGACUGAACCACUGCCUCCAUUCUGUCAAGGUGCUGGCCAUUUCACAGAUCCGGCGAAUUGUGGAGCAUCCCGAUGCUGCGCUGGUGAUUGUGAACAGUUCAGAGCUACUAAAGGGACUGAUCCUCUGUAUUGCAGAGGAGAAGAUAUCUGUUGCUAAAGAGGCUAUUCAGGCUCUCUCCAAGCUCACCAACACAACAGAUGGUUUGCAUGCGCUGUUUCAGAGUGAGCUGCUGGACCACUUGAAGGAUGUCAUGGGCACCAGUGACAUUGUCCGGUACAGAGUGUACGAGCUGGUGGUGGAGGUGUCUUCCAUCUCACCAUUGUCUUUGGGUUACUGUGCAAAUGCCAGCUUCCUGUCCAGGCUGCUUGGUGAACUCACUGGAGAUGAUGUGCUUGUUAGAGCCACAGCAAUAGAGAUGGUGACAACUCUUGCUCACAGCCAACACGGGCGGCAGUAUUUAGCGGAGCAGGGUAUCAUGGAUAAAAUCUCCAAUAUGAUCAUUGGUGCAGAGUCAGACCCUUUCUCAGACUUUUAUCUUCCAGGGUUAGUAAAGUUUUUUGGUAAUCUGGCCAUCAUGGACAGUCCCCAGCAAAUCUGCGAGUGCUAUCCAGCUUUCCUGAAGAAGGUCUUUGAGAUGGCCCUGGACAAGGACCCAGUCAUGAUUGGCGUGGCCCUGGACACGCUGGGGGUCCUGGGCUCCACCGUGGAGGGAAAACAGGUCCUGCAGAAAGCGGGAGAAAAGUUUCAGCAAGUGUUGAAAAGGCUGAGCCAGCUGGCCCAGAAUUCCACUACAGAGCUCAGGGUUCGGUGCCUCGAGGCGCUAACUCUGCUCCUCACGCUGCCGGCUGAGCAGCAGACAGAGGACCUCCUGGGCCUGACGGAGUCCUGGUUCAGCUCCUUGUCCAACCAGCCCUUGGAGAUGUUUCGCAGUAUCAGUGUCCAGCCGUUCCCGGAGCUGCACUGCGGGGCCCUCCGGGUCUUCAUUGCCAUAGCUGACCAACCCUGGGGACAGAAGCUAAUGAUUGCUGCCCCAGGCUUCAUGGAGUUCAUUGUGGACCGAUCCACGGGACCAACCAAGGAGUCAAAAGAUGCGAGAUUUGAACUAGUGAAGGCACUCGCGAACUCUGCCUCCACACCAGAGAUCUUCGGAAACCAGCAUUAUCUUCGCCUGCGGUCUUAUAUGCGUGAGGGACCAUACUAUGUUACUGCUGUGUCAUCGGUUACAGUUGAAGGUGCCGAAUAAACCCUCUGAAGUGUGACGUAUGCAGGAGAGAUCAAAGACGGUCUCUAGUGUCAAAGAAAGCGAUAAUCUUCUUUCCAUUUUGAGCAACCUUAAAUGCACUAAUGUUUUUGUAUUUGGCUUCUCAUAUUAUUAAACCAGUGACAAAGCAGGUGUUUUGUGCUGAAUUCGUGUUUUUCUCUGUGGCAGUUUGUUUUUGCUGUUUAAAGGAACAGUUACAUUUUGCUAAAUGAAAAAUGUGUAUCCUCAUUGUUGGAUAUUUGGAGGAAAUGUGUCUAUAGUGUUUAGGAUUCAUGGUCUAACCUGAAAGUUAGGCUGUUUGUCAUCUUUUUCAGUUGGUUCUUGAACAGCCUGCACGCACACAAUCAUCACCUGCUCAGUAAACUUUUUCGCCCUCAUCCAUAUAAUCCUGUAAACAGAAUUCCCUCGUUUGUGUUGUGUCAUACUUAAUGCCUGCAUUUAUUGAUUCUAAAUAAUGUGCAACUUCCCUGUGCCUACUGCAUUCUUUCAAUAUUUCGAACAUAUCCUUACUUGGCUAGUAUCCCCCCUCGUAAAACAUUCCAAAUGUACACCAACAGAGCCUUG